GCUUUUGACAGCCCAGAAUGUGACAGCGGAGAAAUUUACGAAAAGCUGAUGCAAUAUUGCUGAAGUGGGCUGGUUCGCUCGCCCGUAAAAUAAAUUAAACGUGCACAAAAGUGUGUGGAAAAUAGGAAAAAACUGUCACAAGUGUUAGAGCAAAUCAUGGCGGAAGACGAUGCGAUCUUUGACCCUUCCUUGAUGAAGAAAAAGAAGAAGAAGAAGACCCCGUUCGAUUUAGAUGCCAUGGCUGGAGCGGGGGAGGAACCGACAGAAGCCGAUGCGGCGGUGGCGCCGAGCGAACCGAAACCGCUGGCAGACGGUGAGGACGAUCUCGAUCUGGAGAACUUCAACAAGAAAAAGAAGAAGAAAAAGAAGCCGUUCAAUCUGGACGAGCUGGAGGGAGCGCUCCCGUCCGGCGCCGGCGAAGGCGACGCGGAUGCAAAGGAGAGCAAGGAGGAGGGAGAGGUGGCCGGGGACGAUGGGCUGGACGAGGACUUCAAGCUGGACUUUAGUAUGAAGAAGAAGAAAAAGAAGAAGAAGGAUCUUACCGAGCUGAUGGAGCAGGAGCUGGUGGACGGAAAGGACCCGCAGGACGACGAGAAGGAAAAUGAUUUUACAUGCCUUACCGAGAAUGAUGGGAUCGUCACCGAGACUGUGGAUGAAAAUGUAACUUCCUGGGCCGGCUCGGACCGUGACUACACGUACGACGAGCUGCUGAACCGCGUGUUCGAGAUCAUCCUCGACAAGAACCCGGAGAUGGCGGGCGGGCGGAAGCCGAAGUUCGUGAUGCGCCCCCCGCAGGUGCUGCGCGUCGGCACGAAGAAAACUUCGUUCGCCAACUUUACCGAAAUCUGCAAAACGCUCCAUCGACUACAGAAGCACGUGCUGGACUUUCUGCUGGCCGAGUUGGGUACGAGCGGCUCGGUCGACGGUAACAAUCAGCUGAUCAUCAAGGGUCGCUUCCAGCCGAAACAGAUCGAGAACGUGCUGCGAAGAUACAUCAAGGAGUACGUCACCUGCCACACCUGCCGCUCGCCGGACACCAUUCUCCAGAAAGAUACCCGCCUGUUCUUCCUGCAAUGCGAAUCGUGCGGGUCACGGUGUUCCGUCGCUAGUAUUAAGUCUGGUUUCCAGGCCGUCACCAGUAAACGUGCCGCCAUGCGUGCGAAGACCGCCUAAGCGCGGGCAGCUGGUUGAAGUGGUGUCUGAACGGAGAUUCCGUGUUGAGAAGGAGAGAAAGACACACGGGAACGAGCGUGAACGGUGUAAUGUGAAUUUAGUGCAUAUUGUUUCCCGACGCUUCAUCGUUUGGUCUUCGGUUAUCUUCCCACUUUCUCGUUGUUUGCUCCCGUAUCAUGCAAUUCUGCAAUGGCGCUAUACGGGCGGCAUAAUUGCUCGCGCCCUCUUUCGAUACUGCUAAAUGGGAUUUAUAUGAUGUUUUUGGAAUCAAGGCGAACAUAAAUACAAAACCAAGACAUUACUUGACAGAUAUAAAUAUUCCACACGAAGCCCGAUCGCAAACCCUCUUCUCAUGGUAACCCUCUUCGCAAAGUAAUUCUCAUGGAAAAUAAAAGGUAACCAACUUUUCAAAACAGA